AUGGAGCGCCAAAGAGUAUAUCGCGUUAUUGAGAGGAUCGGAGGCGGCUCGCCCGAAGCUGGCUUCACCAUAGCGCCGCCGCCGCCGGCCAGCAAGCCUGUCCAGAAACCUCGUCAACGCCGCUGGACGCCCAAGGUCAAGACUGGCUGUAUUACUUGCCGCAUCCGCCGUGUCAAGUGCGACGAAGGUCGGCCCGCGUGCAAGAAAUGCAUCUCGACCGGCCGAAAGUGUGACGGAUUCGAAAUCUCCCCCGAGCCCGAGCCCGCCCCGUGCGCCUCGUCGCCCAUCGCCACGCCAUGCCUGCACGCGCUCACACCCAUCUACGGGCGGGCGUCGCCUCGCGAGCGCGAAAUGUUCAAUCUGUUCCGCACCAAGACCGUCACCCAGGUCUCCGGCGCCUUCUACCAGCCCUUCUGGCACGUCGACGUGCUGCUGGCCGCGCAGACGCAGCCGGCCAUCUGGCACGCCAGCCUGUCCAUGGCCGCCAUGUACGCCUGGUUCAAGAUGGACGACGACGACGAUGACGGGGAUGACGGGGAUACGAUACAGAGGCAGGAGCACUACCGCUUCGCGCUGCGGCAGCACAAUGAGGCCAUCGCGCACCUGGUCGCGCUGGCGCAGAACCGCAAGGAGGACGACGCGCGCUCCGCAGAGGUGCUGCUGAUGGCGAGCGUGCUCUUCACGGGGCUGAGCAGCCUGCGGGGAGACCCGAGGGAGGCCAUGAUGCAUGCGAGUCACGGGCUGCGCGUCGCCCAGCAGUGGCAGUUUCUCGAGAAGACGGAGGAGGAUGCAGAAUGCGGGGUGUCGGGAGCAUCAUCAUCAUCGACGGCGGCGGACCACCACAUGCUGCCAACCAAGUCUCUCGUCGGCCUCAUCGACGGCUUCGAGGUACAGUACAUGUGGACCGGCGCACGGCAACCGAUCCUGCGCCGCGGCGGCCUCCCGCGCGAAGUGCCCGUGGCGCCGUUUCGCUCGGCGACCGAAGCGUGCUUCGAGCUGCAGCGGCUGGUGGGCGGGCUGCUUAUAGCGGUGCGCAACGAAAAGGAGCGGCGGACGGCGGGGACCUCGGCCUGCGGGGUACCCGGGGCACCGGCGCCGGUGCCGGACCUCCGGCAGCCAUACCGCCACGCGCUGUCGGCGUGGAAGGUCAAGUUCUCGCACCUCAAGUGGUCGCAGCGCCUACGGCAGUCGACGGACCACCACCUCGAUUCGUGCGCGCUGGUGCUCGAUAUUUGGCUGUGCGGCGCCGAGAUCGCGUCCAGCCUGGACCUGAGCCAGUACGAGCUGGCGUGGGACACGUUCGCGGCGCGCUUCCGGCGAAUCAUCAAGCUGACGCACAAGCUGGUAGCCGAGGAGGCCCUGCAAGAAGAGGAGGUAGGACGGCGGCGACGGCGACGGCCUGUCUACUCGUUCUCGCCGUCGGUGUGCGAGCCGCUGUUCAUGGUGGCGAGCAGCUGUCGCGAUGGGCAGCUGCGGCGGGAGGCAAUUGCGCUGCUGAGGCAGCGGCCGAGAAGGGAGGGCAUCUGGGACGCGCGGCUGAUGGCGGCGAUUGCGGAGGCCAAGAUGCACAUCGAGGAGAGCGGCGUCGUGGCUGCGGUGGAGGGGAUGAUGAUGGGGGGUUGCGGGUGCAUUCCGGGGGUGUACGUGUGCAACACGCAUCGCGUCUUUUUCAUGGACAUUGAGUUCCUCCCGGACAGGGCGGCGAUGGCGGUGAUGAAGACGCUGCAGGACGUGGCCAUCAACUCCGAGGGUCAGAUCGUAAGGGUGACGUACUAG